AUGUGCUUGAAUCUGUGCAUUUAUUCUGCAAUCCGACGUGGAAUCAUCUACCUCUUCUUUGGUGCCUUCCAGGCUGUCUUUGUGUCAGUUUAUAAUUUCGAACUGUGGCAACGUGGAAUACUGUUUCUCUUGGUCGGAAUGGUAUCCGCUGUACUUUCCGAUCCAUACUGGAGAUCAAACUAUUGUCGACUAGAACGAAACCAUCGAGCUCGAGAUAACUCAGAAACACUCAUGCCAGAAUGGAGACUUCUUCAGCGAUACUUGGCGUGCCUCUAUCUUUGCUUGGGCAAUUAG